AUGUCCGCCCGAACAUCGUUUGCUAUCCUAGCAGACAUCCACCUGUCGACACCGUUGCUGAGUGUGCCGUGUAGAGGCGCAAAGCCUCUGCGAGCUCAGUCUCUACAUAAGGAUCCAUGGAAGCCGUCUACGGGGUUGUACGAGAAUAUCUGUCUGCUUUGCUUGCAGGCGAUUCAGUCGCGAUCCAAAACAAACCGAUACAGCUGGGAGGAGGUUCGGCGCAACACGAAACAUGCUAGUAACGCGAAGGACCACAUCACGUUGAAGCAUGCGGAUCAUCUACUGGAAAUUUUGGCGGAGCAGACCGCGACUGAGAAGUCCAAGAAGGAUGAUUUUACUGCUGGAAAUGAUGCGGAAGCCGUGUUGGACUUAACACGUGAUCCUGAUCAAAAGCCUGUUACAACAAUAUGCUCGUCUGAGGCGUUCCAUGACGUGACUUGCACGGCAACAGAAAAUCGCACGUUUCCAACUUUGGGUCGGGAUCGGCUACUCAACGGCCAGUUUCAUUUAUUUCGUGACCUUUUGGAUGUGCUGCUAUCUAACGAGUUUGAGAUGGCCUGCAAGCUCAAGUUCUUAAAUCUGAUCCACGACAUUUGGACAGAGAAGCUGAAGCCCGCUUGGGCAAUCAAAGAAAAAAAAUGCCACAAAUUGGACUGUGGAAGAGAGGUAGGCCGUGAUGGCUCCGACCGUGGUGUUACCUCUGACAGUGAAGACGCUGAGCACCAAGCAAACACCGAAUGCCAGCGUCAAACGAAAUUCAGACAAAGCAAACGACAUUCAGUUUUCUUGCCAGCCAAAGAUGCACCUGUCAAGAGAUCAAAGAAGGACCGUGACUUGUCGACCUUGGCGUCGUCAGUCUCGACAGUCCAAGCUGGACGCAAUAGCAGACACUGUGGCGGAUUCAGUGACGAAAGCAGUACUGGCAACUGUAACUGCCAUGUUGGCCCGAAGUUCUUCUGCCGCGCCUUCGUCUACUUGAAAAGUUUUAAAGCAUCCGUUGCCAUCGUCAUUAUGAUGAACCAUGCUAUCUUGCGUGCUGUUGUCUCUUUCUCCAAGCACCAGGGUUUCCAGCUCCAAUCGGGUAUUGCGCUCACGUCUUUCAAACUCUCACGCGAUCCGAGCUUCGAAGCACCCACGCCCAACCCGAAAAGCGCUUCGAAAGCUGUCGUCAUCCUGUCGACGGUCAUCAUUGACCAUGAUGUAUCGGCUUGUACAGUAACUACUGUCACUCCUGGAGGUUCCCUCGACGAGGGUGGCGAGGCGAUUGACAAGCUCCGCAAUCUAAACAACCCCUCUAGGUCACCCAAACAGCGCAACACCCUGAUAAAUACCCAGGAGGCGUUUUCGUACCCAGAACUGGAGCCGAUGACCGACCUAGACGAGCGAGUGGCCUACACGUGCAAAUGGAUUCGACGAGCGAGACUUGUCUCGUCAUACAUGGUCGUCUUCCGGCGACUUGCCGAGAACAAGUUGAAAGCCUUCAAGCUCGAAGUCAUGACUAUUGAGGCUCCUGGAGCAAAAGAUGGCUACGAGGCGACUCACCGACGGGUCAUCCAAGAGCUAAGUCUAUGCCAAAACAUUGUGGCAAUGAGUAGUAUUCCUCAGAAGGAGGAGAAGGCAAUGUGGGGGGUCUCAAUUCGAGCCACCAAGGCAUGGGACGAGGCCGAGGAGACAGAGAUCAGCGCGGGCGCCGAUGCCAUCAUGCGAGAAUGGCUGGAUUUAGAACCGGAGUGGCUGGAGGUCGCCCAACGACAUAGCCCUAAAACCAUGAUCGAAGAAUUGCCAAAUGAUAUGUUGAUUGGCGCGCAAGACGGAAUGCACUACGCACUUCAGAGUCUGUACAAGAACAUCGACGUGUUGAAGUGGUUUCAAGAUGAAGGUGACAUUCUGUUUCCCUCUAUCGCGCUGUUGACGCAGAUCCACAUCGGGAAAUUUUCGUCUUCGGCAUUUCAAGAAAGGGUAUUUUCUACGGAAGGGAGAGUAAUGGGUCCGUUUAAGACCGGGUCGGAUAGCCGUCGAGCCUAA